AUGUCCUUCAGCAACGUACUCAUCUUACCUGCUAGAGGAAGCAACAAAGACUAUAAGCUUGUCCCUUCGGGGACAUCCGAUAAAAUUGGAACGAUACAGAGAAGAUUAGCAUGGCCCCUGCGCAAGGAUGACACGCAUAAAUCGAGAAAUGGUCCAAAUUUUUUUUUUCUUUCAAACCCAAUCGCCCCUCUCUUGCUCCACAGGCAACCUGAUCUGUAUGAUGAGUCUCCUGGUAGCUCUGACUACAGUACAGGAUCAACUCUCCAGUUGCAUUCAGCUGCUAACAAACUGGAACAAGCACACGCUGAGAUAUGUUCACUGCAUCAGGAUACUGGAACUGGGUCAGAAUCAAUUCAUAUUGAAGAGCAAAAGGAUGUUGGUGAAUGUGAGAGUGGGGUUAUUUCUGGUGCAACUCCAAAGCAAGGGAUUUUCAUGUGUUGUGAUGAACAACCAAACAAUGAUGGAGUUGUUUGUGUCUCAUCAAGUACAGACUUUGGUUCCCCUCUUCAAGUAACCCCACUGUUCAGAUCAUAAGCAGCAGGAAUUCCUAGCCCCAAAUUUUCAGAAAAUGUAAUAGGGGCUUUACAUUCAAAGUGGGGGCUAUGUUAAUUGCUAAGCCAACUUGAAGAAACUUGGAAGAUAUGAAGUAAAAGGGAAAAAGAAAAGAAUAAAGAAUAAAGAUCAAGAAGAAGAGACCCGAAAGACAUGAAGUGCAAAGAAAGUAAAAAAGAAAAGAAAGAAAAUUAAAGAGGAGUAAGAGCUAAGAGCCAAUCUAACGUGGAGAUAAAGAACUGCAUAUGGGCUUGAGUCCUAAUCGCUUACUUGUCAACCUAGCUUCUCUAGUGUUUCACGAAAAUCCAUUUACGAAUUGUUAUAGGACAAUUGGGCCACGGGUUUAAACUAUGGCCCAUGGGACUUAGUUUUAAAGUUGUUUUUAUUGAAAAAAGUACUUGUAGGUCCCGUGAACAGUGAAUGAGACCCACCAUUCUUCAACAAAACGCUGGAACACACGAAAAACGUGCGUUCCAAACGCACACUUAGUC